AUGGCCAACGGUGCCGGCUGGGGAGAGCACCACGUCCGGAUACGGCCAGCUCAUGACGGCGCCGGACGAGCAGGGAAGUCUGCUGCCCCGCCGCCGCCGCCGGAGAUGGUGCUGAAUCGCUUCGUUCGCUUGGUCGCGCUGAUCGAGAGGCUUGGCAACGCCUUGGGCACGCUGGCCUUUACCUGGGCAACUGUCGUGCUGCUCGGCGGCUACUCCAAAGACCUCAGCUUGCAGGACGAUUUUUGGUAUGCGACAGCGAUUGUAUUCCUCGAAGCUGCAAGGAUGUUCACCCGCAACAACAGAAUGGAUUACCAACUGUUCUUUAACACAAGGGGAGCUUUUAGACCUGUGGGCUGGAAUGGACUGGUUGCAGUACUAUGCUUUUUUGAUGUUUUCGUGAUCCUCUGGGAGAAAGAUUAUCUGUCUGAUAUGAUGCUUCUAUCGAUAGUAAUAAUAUUUGCAACUGGCCGAUUCCUGUCUGGGCUGAAACUGAACAUAUGCAAUCCGCUACGCCGUGCCACGUCACUGUGGAGCCCCUUGGUUGCAAUCCUACUGACGGCUCCACCUCUGUACAACGGAGGGAUAGGCCCAUUGACCAGUUGGAUUGUAUUCACAGCACUACUUGUGCCAGUGCUAUUGGUGACAAUAAGCAGGCUACGGUUCACCAGAAUCGUCAAACUAGCGGAUAUCCAAGUGUGUGCCUUGGUGGUGGUGUCAUUUGGCAACUUCCAGGUUCCAGCAGCAGUGUUAAGAAUCUGCCUAGCAAGCUUGAGCUUACAGCAUAGCUACAAGGAUGACCAAGAGAACCUGGCAGCAUCUCUUGAAAUCUUCUAUUGGAUGGUGCUUGGACAAGGAAUCCUUUAUGCUGUGGCUUGCAUGCUCGAGUUCUUUUCGUUCAUCCCGCGGAGGUCCCUUGUCCACUGUGGUGGAUUUAGAGGUCAGUGGGGAGUGGACUCCGUAAAUCUGUACUAUGCAUAUGCCCUAGAGAAACGCAUGCAAGAAGGUGUGCUUGCUCCAAAGAAGAUCAGCCUGAGUAACUUUGCCAUGGAUUCUCUAAACUCCAAUUCAUCCAAGAAUCAGCUCUAUGGUAUUCGGAUGAUGCACAGCUUUCUGCAAAGGGAGCCAACCAAGGCACAGCUACUUUCAAAACUCACCACUUCUACCAAGACGGUGGCCAGAAUAAUCAGGAUGUUGAAUUGGACAAGUCCAAAGGAUACAACUAUCAGACUGUAUGCCGCGAAGGUCACCGCUGAACUUGCAAAAGACCUCCAUGUUGUUACCUUCCCCGGUACAAUGCAGCUUGUAUCAGCACUUCUUGAUGCUGAUAGCAGACCGAGAAGAAGAAAUCCACUUCUGGACACAGAUGAUGAGCAAGAAGAAAGACAAGAUCAAUUUCUGAAUAGAGAAGAUAACCGGGAGCAAGAACAUCAUACAGUAAGGGAUGCAGCUGUUAACCAAUCGCAAAGACAAGACCCACUUCAAGACACCAAUAACCUACUUGAAGAAACACAAACAUGCUCGACCCAACAACCUUUCGUCGACAAACAGAACUCUUACAUAAUCAGAUGCUGGCAGUGGAUGAAAAAAUUAUGUUCAAUUCCCAAGGAGCAGCUGUCGGCAGACCAUGAUCUUCUCCCUGCACUGGCCAUGUCGAUAAUUGAAAGUCUUGCUUGGUGUGAUCAGGAAAACUGUGUGGAAAUUAACAAUGCGGCUAACCUCAUCCCGAAAAUCAUAGGAUUCACGAGAUUCAAACAUGCCAUGAACACUGUGGAUACCGAGGCAGAACAAAAGGUCAUGUUGAAGUCAUCACUGAAGGUGCUGCAAAGACUCACAGGUAUUGGUGGGGAAAUUGGCAUAACACUUCGGUACAAGAUAUCAAAACAUCCCUUCCUAUUGAGAAACCUUUCAGAAAUCUUGAAAGACAACAGAAGCAGCCAGGAAUCGAGAAAGUUGGUGACCGGAAUCCUCAGGAACAUUGCCAUUGAUGGGAACAUAAGGCAGGACAUUGGUCGCAUUCAACUGAUCAUCACCAGGCUGAAGCAGACAUUUCUCAAUGAAGAAAAUCCCAUGAUCGCCAAUGCUGAUCACUUGUCACGGAAGGUCGCGGGGCAAGCACUGGCAAUGUUGACGACAGAAAGUGCCCAAAAUUGCUUGAUUGUGUUGCAGGAACCAGACUUCAUUAAGAAAUUGAAACAUAUGAUCUUGAUCCAUGAUGGCAAGUACAUAUAUGUGGCAGCAAGUCUGUUACGUAACCUGUGCCUGCACUCUCGACACGAGCUCAGAGAGCCGGACCUGAAGGAGCUAUCUCAUAUCUUGCGAGAGGUGUUGGAGAAAAUAAUUGACGUGGAAGGGGCAGAACUAGAGAUCAUCAUUGGCCUUAGUUCACUAAUUUGUAAAACCAUUCCUGAAGACUUUACCCAAGAACUAGAAGGCGGCCAGAUUAAGCGAAGAUUUGUGAAAAGGCUCGUCGAUGUGUUGAAUGCAAAUACGGAACCUGGCGCUAAUUGUCCUGGGAUCAGAAGGGUUAUACUUGAGCAGGUCAUUUACAUGAUGGAGUCCAAUUAUCGCUAUGCGGACUGUUUCAACGAAUUCAGGAUGACAGAAGCCCUCUCAGUCGUCGAACAAACACUGUCACACGCUGAGAACUACAAGUUCUUCUUGGGUGAUGCAGGUUUCAUGGAGUACAACACACCUAUCUCCGCUCUUGUGGUAAGAGCAAAAGAGCUUAUGUGUCGUAACUGA